AAAACUGAUGUACUACAUCAUACCCAAAUUGAAGGCUUUUGACAUAGAUAAGGACUACAACCAUCUCUCUCUCUCUCUCUCUCUCUCUCUGUACAGUGAAAGAAAGAAAACAGUCCAGUCUGGUCAUUUUCUUUUUUUUGAGUCUCUUUCACUGCCUUUACUUACUUACUCCAACCAAAGGGUCACUGUAUUUCAAAGAAGAUCUCAGACCAUUUUCUUUCUGUUUCUGUUUCUGUUUCUGUUUCUGUUUUUGUUUUUGUUGUUUGGAAUUGGAUAAGAGAUGAAUGAGGAGAUGAACGGUGGUGAUCAGCUGAAGACGGUGGUAAUGGAGGAGAUCAAUGGCGGUGGUGGUCCUCCGGCAGAGAAAAUAGACUAUGUGUUCAAGGUGGUGGUGAUUGGUGACUCGGCGGUGGGGAAGACUCAGAUACUGUCAAGGUUUACAAAGAAUGAGUUUUGUUUUGAUUCAAAAUCAACCAUUGGGGUUGAGUUCCAGACUCGCACUGUCACCAUCAAGUCGAAGCUCAUCAAGGCCCAGAUCUGGGACACUGCUGGCCAAGAAAGGUAUAGGGCAGUCACAAGUGCAUACUACAGAGGUGCACUAGGGGCAAUGUUAGUGUACGACGUGACCAAGAGGCAGACCUUUGAUCACGUCGCAAGAUGGGUCGAGGAGCUCCGGGCCCACGCCGAUAGUUCCAUCGUGAUCAUGUUGAUCGGCAACAAGGCCGAUCUAACGGACCUGAGGGCGGUUCCAACGGAGGACGCGGUUGAGUUUGCAGAGGAUCAGGGCCUGUUUUUUUCCGAGACCUCGGCUUUAAGUGGUGACAACGUGGACAGUGCGUUCUUUAGGCUGCUGGAGGAAAUAUACGGUGUGGUAUCGAAGAAGGCGUUGGAUUGUGGUGAUGGGAAAAUCAACGGUGGUGAUUCCGCGAUGCUCAAAGGGUUGAAGAUUGAUGUGAUUGCUGCCCCUGAUUUUGAAGUUAGUGAGAUGAAGAAAUUGUCUGCAUGCUCUUGUUGAUCUUUUUGUUGCUAAAGUGAAGACUGUCCCAGGAUUUGUCAAUUAUGGUUGUUUAAAAGUUGUGAAAUGCAUAAGAAUGGAGACAUGACAGUUGUAUUGUAUUUACAUGUUAUAAUUUAUCUAUAUAUAUAUUUGAAGCAAUGUUUUGACCUAUGAUUUAAACGCUACAUUUAUCAUAUUUUGUUUAAUGUAAAAAUUGUUAUUUCAGAAAAAA